AUGUCCAUCGCUAAAAUCCAUAACGAGUGCUAUCUCGCCUUCGAGGAGCUGUGUAACGCCGCACAGAAAUCAGAACGAUAUCAUGAGCUGUUAGACGAGUUCGAUAAGUACUGCUUAUGGGCUGGAAAUGUUGGCGCUGCACAUUCGGGCAAAACGGAAAAGCUUUCCUUGGACUACAGACUAAGAGAAGCAUCUUCCUACAAAGAUCAGGCGCAUCGGAUUCUUAUGGGAGAACAGAUUCCCUUCGAAGAGCUUUCAUCAUGUGCUACGAGUCACAAUGUCACGCUGUCGAACCCGAAAUUAGAGCUGAGCGUAGAUGAAGACUCGCCAUGGGAGGUAUCCUCGGAGUCCUCCAGCGAUCUUUGGCCAAGCGAAAAAUCACAGACAGACGGGACUAAAUUACCAGCAUCAUUGGAAUUUUCUUCAGAACCCGCUCCACAGAAGAUCACGGAGCUGUCGCAGCUAGUGGGAUCAAUUCGACUAGGCGUGACAUGCCUUUACAAACUUCCUUUACGAAAACCUGCACCAGUUGAUCGACUAAAUGACCGGUCAACAGAAGAAGUAUCAUGCUACCAAAAUUUCGACAUCACAUAUGUUAGAGACAAGUUUCCUGACCCGCGUCUCGGUGACGAUGUUACAAUCCGUUUGGGAAAGAUGAUUACCCGACGUCGGCAACUGCUUCUGUAUAGAGCAAGACACCGAAGCAAUCUUCAGACAAAUAUAGCCAUUUCGAAACUCGGAGUGAUAGAUUCUGCCGGAAAAGAUAUGGGACCUGCAAUGAUGCAUGAUGAGAAUGUAUCUCUCGCUCAAGAAGCAGCCACAAUGCCCAUGUCGGAAGCUAGAAGUAGAGAUAUUACGUUAAAGAGCAAGGCUACUACAUUCGAGAUGAAGGACAUGCCGCCAAUAAACGUGGAAAAUUUGCUGGCACCUUCCGUUGUCCCUUCAGACCGUGCGAGUUCUAUCGCGGCUAGUGAAGCCACCAAGGAUAUCCGCAUUGACGUCCCACCAGGGCCAAAGAGCCUCGAAGGUGGAAUUGCUCAAUUCGAGUAUCGAACCGUGCCUGGAAGCCACCAGGUGUACAAGACCCAGGCACAAUUUGUGAAGCACAUGAGAGAGUCUCAUGAAGUACAACUCGACCACUCAUCCAUACUAUUCAACGCUUUUCGUCAACCUUCAACGGCUCUCCACCAGCCAACAGUUGAUGGUCAAUCUGCUGGUGAACUGUGCAACCUUUGCUUUAGACCUACACAAAACUUAAAGCGACACGUGGCCCUCCAUCUUCAACAAAUCGCUUUGUUUGCUAUUCCUCGGGCAGACUAUGCGGUUGAUGACGAUGGUUUGAGUAGUGGCGAUUCGGAUGUCCCACGAAACAACUCGAUGAACUCUAUGCUGCAGAAUACUCAUUGUUCCGCCUCUCAGGAUCCAGAAAGCCUUUCCAAGGGUUCGAGUGCUGAUGACUUCGCCACAAUGGUCGCAAGAGCGGAGGAGUAUCAGUAUCCAACUGAGGAUGUGGUCGACCAGAUAGAAGUCCCUCCUACAGACGAGAUUGUCUGGGAUAACAUUACCGACAAAUUUUCGCGCGCUCGGGGAGGGAAUUCAGAACGAGCCCCGAUAGAUAUUAUUUUAUCUGAAGAAGUGGUUGAAAUCGAGAAGAACAUAAACGAAGUCCGUAAGACAGCCCAAAAGACAAUCGCUACAAUCGAGAUCUCAGAUAGUGACCGACGGCGCGAAAAAGUCAUUGCAAAGCUAUCGUAUGCAAAAGGUUCCACAUUCGACUCUUUCGGUGGGGCCUUUGAUCCGGGAUGCCAUCCAGAAACAAGAAUAGAUUUGCUUCAUCGGAUCAGGAAGUGGGCAGAAAACCGACAAGGAAAGUCGAUGUUCUGGCUACAGGGGAUGGCUGGCACGGGAAAAUCUACAAUUUCUCGGACAAUUGCCGAUGCCUUUGACAAAGAAGGAAAUCUAGGAGCUAGCUUCUUCUUUAAUCGAGGCGAGGCAGAUCGGAGUAGUGUGGCUAUGCUUUUUACCACAAUUUGUGCCCAACUCUUGGUCAAGAUUCCGUCACUGAUCGCUCACGUCGAAACGGCCAUUGAUAACGACCCCAACUUAUCUAACAAAUCUAUGGGAGAGCAAUUUGAGAAGCUUAUUUAUCAACCCUUGUCACAAAUUCAGCAUCACCACACUGCACUCUCUCAUCUUAUUAUCGUGAUUGAUGCCUUGGACGAAUGUUCGCGGGACGGAGACUCUCUGCUUCGCCUUUUAUCACAAACAAGAGAUAAGUGGUCAACAAGCUUGCGAAUAUUCGUCACUAGUCGACCAGAGCAGCCCAUCCGGUCUGGUUUUAAGGAUGUGCCUGUAGAUGCAUUCGAUUAUGUGGAGCUUCAUGAGAUACCGCGGCCUAUCAUCAGGCAAGACAUUACUACUUUCUUGAAAUACAGGUUUGCGCAAAUCCAAGUCCAGUAUACAAAAGCCGGCUGGGCACUUCCGCCUGACUGGCCUGGCUCUGAGGCUUUAUCAGCCUUAGUUGAAAUGGCGGUUCCGCUCUUUAUUUAUGCUGCUACCCUAUGCCGGUUUGUGGAAGACCCCCUGUGGUCGGACCCGACAGGCCAGCUGAAAAAGGUUCUUAAUUAUCGAGGAAUGGGACGUGACUCCGACAUAUAUAAGCUAGAUGCCACUUACUCUCCAAUUCUGAAUCAGCUAAUCCAUGGCCGUCCAGAGAAGGUGCAGAAAUCAUUGGUUGAGAGGUUCCGACGCAUUAUAGGCACAAUUGUUCUCCUAGCGGAGCCCCUUUCACGGUCAUCUCUAGCAUCUUUGCUUAAUAUCGAUGGCCAAGAGAUCGAAGGACAGCUCUCGUCUCUCCAUUCUGUCCUGAGUAUGCCAUCCUCUGCAGACUCUCCGAUAAGGAUGUUGCACUUCUCAUUCCGUGAUUUCCUAGUCGAUCCUAACAAACGUCACAUGAAUCCAUUCUGGGUGGACCAGACGGAAACCCACAAGAUGGUUAUAGCCAAAUGCCUUGAACGAAUGUCACAACCCGGAAGUCUCCAAGAAAAUAUAUGCAAUCUGGCAGGCUACGGAACGCUACGAACUGAGAUUAAUGGCAGAAUCAUAACCAACUACUUACCAUUAGACAUGCAAUAUGCUUGCCGCUUCUGGGUAUACCAUUUGAAAGAGAGUCAGACGCGCGUCAGUGACAAUGGUCCAAUCCAUAUAUUUCUACAGGAACACUUUUUACAUUGGCUGGAGUCAUUGAGCCUUUUAGGAAGAAUUGCAGAAAGUAUUAACCUAGUUCAGACAUUACAGACUGUUUGGAGUUCUUUUUUUAUGUGGUAUUUUCUUCUAAUAACCCUCAAGGGCCAUUCUGAAUUGGUUCAAGCAGUGGAGUUCUCUCCUGACAGAAAGUUGGUGGCAUCAGGCUCUAGCGACAAGACUGUCAAGUUGUGGGAUCUGGCCACUGGCGCUUUGCAGCUGACCCUCAAGGCCUAUUCUGAUGCAGUUUGCGCAGUGGCAUUCUCUCGUGACGGUAAGUUUGUGUCUUCGGGCUCUAGCGACAUGACUGUCAAAUUGUGGGAUCCGUAUUCUUUUUUAAUAGAUCUAGUUAUGGGCGCUCUAUGA